AUACAUCAGAGUGGAAUAAUGAGAUCAGAUUCCUUCAUGGUGGAGUGUAAACAAAGGUGACGAAGAAGAAGAAGAGGAAGGGAAGCAUGUUAACCGGGCUUCUGAGAGCAGGUGUAGGGGGCAGGCAAUUAAUACAGGGAUGGCAGCGGGGAGUGUCACUGAGUGCCGCCAGGAGAUGUGAGGCUACAGACGGGGAGGAGGAGGAAGGGCGGGCCAAGAAGGAGAUCGACCCGGCCAAGGACAGGACGAGAGUAAUACCUGUUGAGAUGAGUCUGAAGUACCUGCAGAGUGAAGCCUACCAAACUGCAUAUGGCGAGGACCCAGUAUGGAAGAAGUACAGGAGAAACUUCAAAGGCGCCUUCCCUCCAAAGAAGACAAGGAAGAUGUGCAUUCGUGCAGGAGUUAUUUCAACCGGCAAUCCGUGUCCAAUCUGCCGAGACGAGUACCUGGUGCUGGACCCCAUCAACACAAACCUCCUGAAGCAGUUUAUCUCCCCCCACAACAACAGCAUCCUCCCCACCAGCAUCACCAACCUGUGCAGGAAGAAACACCGAGAGCUUGAGGUAUCAGUACACAAAGCAAGGGACAUCGGACUCCUAACUUAUGAUGUUCCAUUCCGCCGCUACCACUAUCCUGACUACUACCCCAAAGAUACACCCACGUCCACCACCACUACCACCACCACCUCCUCCUCCUCCACGCUGACUCCCGGCUCGUGAAGUGGUGGGCGUGUGUCUGUUUGUUGGUUCCGCUUCUCUUCGUUCUUGGGGUGUGUGUCAGUGGGUUUGUUUCCAUGUCUUUCCACUGGCUGAGAAUGAUAAGAGUUAUUUAUUUUAUUCUUUUUAUUUUUUCUCUCACUUAUGCUGCUCAUGAAAAUUAUUAAGUUAUUUUAUUUAUUUAUUUAUUUUUUAUUAUAAACUUGAUGUACUUCCCUUUUGUUUUUUUUGUGUAUAUAUGUAUAUUUUUUUUGUUUUGUUCUUUUUGUUCCAUCACACUCUCAAACAUUGGUGGAAAUGUCAGGUUAUAUUGUUCAUGAUUAAAGUAACUCAUUAAAUUGGUAUCUUUUUAA